AUGUCGAUUGGACCAAUGGGUCGGCAUGCCGCCACAGCAAGCCCAGCACGGGUUGUCCUGUCGCAGAUUUAUCCAGCCCGAAUUAGUGACGGCAGCUGCCUCAAGAGUCGGGAGUCUAGACAGAGCUGGGUUAGAGACAAUGAUGAAAGUGUAAUAUCUCCUGUGGCUACAAGAGACAAUGAUGAAAGUAUAUCUCCUGUGGCUACAAGAGACAAUGAUGAAAGUGUAAUAUCUCCUGUGGCUACAAGAGACAAUGAUGAAAGUGUAGUAUCUCCUGUGGCUACAAGUUACAAUGAUGAAAGUGUAAUAUCUCUUGUGGCUACAAGAGACAAUGAUGAAAGUGUAAUAUCUCCUGCGGCUACAAGAGACGAUGAUGAAAGUAUAUCUCCUGUGGCUACAAGAUACAAUGAUAAAGUUGACAAUGAUGAAAGUGUAAUAUCUCCUGUGGCUACAAGUGACAAUGAUGAAAGUGUAAUAUCUCCUGUGGCUACAAGUGACAAUGAUGAAAGUAUAUCUCCUGUGGCUACAAGUGACAAUGAUGAAAGUGUAAUAUCUCCUGUGGCUACAAGUGACAAUGAGGAAAGUGUAAUAUCUCCUAUGGCUACAAGUGACAAUGAGGAAAGUGUAAUAUCUCCAGUGGCUACAAGUGACAAUGAUGAAAGUGUAAUAUCUCCUGUGGCUACAAGUGACAAUGAUGAAAGUGUAAUAUCUCCUGUGGCUACAAGUGACAAUGAUGAAAGUGUAAUAUCUCCUGUGGCUACAAGUGACAAUGAUGAAAGUGUAAUAUCUCCUGUGGCUACAAGUGACAAUGAUGAAAGUGUAAUAUCUCCUGUGGCUACAAGUGACAAUGAGGAAAGUGUAAUAUCUCCUGUGGCUACAAGUGACAAUGAUGAAAGUGUAAUAUCUCCUGUGGCUACAAGUGACAAUGAGGAAAGUGUAAUAUCUCCUGUGGCUACAAGUGACAAUGAUGAAAGUGUAAUAUCUCCUGUGGCUACAAGUGACAAUGAGGAAAGUGUAGUAUCUCCUAUGGCUACAAUUUACAAUAAUGAAAGUGUAAUAUCUCUUGUGGCUACAAGAGACAAUGAUGAAAGUGUAAUAUCUCCUGUGGCUACAAGAGACAAUGAUGAAAGUAUAUAUCCUGUGGCUACAAGUGACAAUGAUGAAAGUAUAUCUCAUGUAGCUACAAGUGACAAUGAGGAAAUUGGAGUAUCUCCUGUGGCUAUAAGUAACAAUGAAGAAAGUGUAUUAUUUCCUUCGGCUACAAGUGACAAUGAGGAAAUUGUAGUAUCUCCUGUGGCUACAAGUAACAAUGAAGAAACUGUAUUAUUUCCUUCGGCUACAAGUGACGAUGAUGAAAGUGUAAUAUCUCCUGUGGCUACAAGUUACAAUGAUGAAAGUAUAUCUCCUGUGGCUACAAGUGACAAUGAUGAAAGUAUAUCUCCUUUGGCUGCAAGUGACGAUGAGGAAAGUUUAAUAUCUCCAGUGGCUACAAGUGACGAUGAGGAAAGUUUAAUAUCUCCAGUGGCUACAAGUGACGAUGAGGAAAGUUUAAUAUCUCCAGUGGCUACAUGUGACAAUGAGGAAAUUGUAGUAUCUCCUGUGGCUACAAGUGACAAUGAGGUAAGUAGAAUAUCUCCUGUGACUACAAGUGACGAUGAUGAAAGUGUAAUAUCUCCUGUUGCUACAAGUGACGGUGAUGAAAGUGUAAUAUCUCCUGUGGCUACAAGUGAAAAUGAGGAAAGUGUAAUAUCUCAUGUGGCUACAAGUGACAAUGAUGAAAGUGUAAUAUCUCCUGUGGCUACAAGUGACAAUGAGGAAAGUGUAAUAUCUCCUGUGGCUACAAGUGACAAUGAUGAAAGUGUAAUAUCUCCUGUGGCUACAAGUGACAAUGAGGAAAGUGUAGUAUCUCCUAUGGCUACAAUUUACAAUAAUGAAAGUGUAAUAUCUCUUGUGGCUACAAGAGACAAUGAUGAAAGUGUAAUAUCUCCUGUGGCUACAAGAGACAAUGAUGAAAGUAUAUCUCCUGUGGCUACAAGAGACAAUGAUGAAAGUGUAAUAUCUCCUGUGGCUACAAGAGACAAUGAUGAAAGUGUAAUAUCUCCUGUUGCUACAAGUGACAAUAAUGAAAGUGUAAUAUCUCCUGUGGCUACAAGAGCCAAUGAUGAAAGUAGAGCGGGUGAACGUCCAGCGAGCGUUACGUCAGGGCACGGGCGCGCCACGUGGCGUAGUCGAGCACUACGGCAGCUGAUAUCUGCUGAGUGCCGAGUGCGGACUGCGGAGUGCAGCACGUCUCCCCCGGCGACUUUCACUGGUUCUGGCGGAGAAAGACUUGCUCUGCUGGUCAAGGAGAUCAUAGGAGAAAACGAGGUGGAUGCACAUACGGACGAGGUGGAUGCAGAAAUUCACGCUAAGGAAGGUUCUCAAGGAGCGUCAAUCGGAAGGCAGGAGGUGAUUGGUACAAUGAAAGGCGUUCGAUUUCUAAAUCAGCAUAUCAUUGAAAUCGUUCUUGGGUCUACUCUUGACGCAACCAAGUAUGUCCGACGUGCUGCUCGUUAUCGACCACUCGUUGAGGCAGCAGCCCUGGACCUAGGAAGAAUAGACGUAAAGUCCACUAGUACGGAGUUGCCCUGCCGAGAGUUGUGGGCGUUCCCAGCGGUGCUCCUAGUGACCCAAUCUCUCGGUCACCGAGGCCAGGUCUGGUAG